AUGACGGAUAUAGAAUGGUUUGAAAGGCCUGUUAAUUAUAAAAUAAAAAAAACUUUAUAUUUGGAAGAAGUUAUUGAACAUCCACUUAAGCCUGUGACUGUAACAAUGAUUGAUGGACGAUGUGGGACUAAAAGAAAUCUAAUCAAUAUCAAUUCAUCAUUGAGAACUCCAUCUCCUGUACAAACAGUUUCUAUUAACAUUGGAUCAGUAGGAAAUAAUAUUUCCAGUCAUUCAUCUCUUGAUGGUUCAGAUCCUUUAACUCAAUUUAUGAAAGAAGAAAUGGAUCCUCUUUCAAGAAUGGCAUCAAAUGAAUUGAAUUAUUCAGCUAAUAUAAUAGCAGAUGAUAAAAAAAUGAAGGAUAAAAUAUAUAAUGUUGAGCCAUGGACUUCAAGACGAGUGACUGUACUUAAUAAAUACACAACUUUAGAAAAAUUAUCUAUUGAAACAAGUUUUUUACCAGGUGGAGAAAAAAUUGUUAUGAAAGUUCAACCAAGUGGAUUUUUAGUAGAUAAGGUUAAAACAAGAUUAGAACAAUUGGAUGAUUUUGAAGAUGAUUCUGUUAGACAAAUGCAAGGCUUGACUCAACAAGAAUAUAUAAUAAGAAUUGAGCAAUUAAAUAAUGAACUUGUUCAUGCUUGGAAUUCUGAUCAGCGAGUUAAAGCUUUAAAGAUUGUUAUUCAAUGUGCAAAACUGUUAGUAGAUACAUCAGUGAUUUCAUUUUAUCCAAGUAAAUUUGUUCUUAUUACUGAUAUCUUAGAAAUAUUUGGAAAAUUAGUGUACAAAAGAUUAAAAAUAAAAGCAGAAUGUAUCAAACCAGGAUUUAAGGCAUCAACAAGUUUACCAGAUAAUUUUACAUCAGAUAUGGUUUCAGAAAAUGCUAAAGAAACUUGCCAAAAUUGGUUUUACAAAAUUGCAUCAAUAAGAGAACUUGUUCCACGACUUUAUGUUGAAAUGGCAAUUAUCAAAGCAUACAAUUUUUUAACAACUAAUGAAUUUAAUACAGUAUUGACACGUAUCACUAGAAUGAUUCGAGGAAUCGGUGACCCAUUAGUAGCUGUUUAUGCAAGAUGUUAUUUAUGUCGCGUUGGUUUUGCUCUCAGAACAUCAAAUCCUGACUUCGUAAAAGAAAAUUUUUAUGAUUUUAUUAAUACAUAUCGACAACUGUUUUCACAAUCUACAAAAUAUGAUUUGAUUAAGCAAAAUAUUUGUUUACACUCUUAUUUAAACCUUUAUACACCAGCAUUAGAUUGGAUUUUACAAGUUUUAGCUGUGACGGCAUCUGAUAGUCUUUUGACAGAAGUGUUUACCAGAUGUAAACAGGAAUCUAAUAAUGCGUUACUGUUAAAUACUAUUUUACAUUCAUUCAAACCAAUAUAUAUUGCAUCUCAUUCAUUGGAAUUUAUUAAUUUAAUAGAAAUGUCUCAAGAUACUGGAUAUCCACAAUGUCAUUUGUAUAGAAGUUUAGGUGAAUGUUUAAUACAAGAAAGGCCACCAAAAGAUGAAUGUCAAUCUGUUUUAAAUACAAUUUGGAAAUAUAUGAAAAAUUUAAAAGAUUCAAUCAGAUUUAUGUAUGUAAUGGAAAUUUGGAUUCAAUUUAUUGUUAUUUAUUUUACUGCUAGUGAAAUUAAUUUAUUCUUGGGUGAAAUUAUAAAUCAUUUAGGACCAAGCAGAGAAUUUGAAUAUUUUUAUCCACAGUUACAAAAUAUUAUUGAAAAAUUGGUUGCUGAUGCUCAAGAUUUUGAUUCAAUUUUAACAAUGGACAACUUUUUGCCAUUAAUAAAUCUUUUUCAAAAAGAAAGUAUAAAAGUAGAAAUAUGCAAAACUAUAGUACAAGGUCUUAAUAAACAAAAUAGUCUAAUAAUAGAUCCAAUUAUGAUAAAUGCUCUUAUGUUUAUUAUGAAAAUAAUGCAUGACACAGUCAGUGCACUUACGGUAGAAGAUGAAAAAAGACAAAUUGGUCAAUUGAUAUGUAAUCUUAUUCAGAGAAUAGAUUAUAAUCGGGAUUUUGAGAAGCAGUUAAAUUUUUAUGUAGAAGCACGAGCUGCUUUUCAUAAUCUUGAUAUUGUACAUGUUCAGCUUGUACAGUAUGUAAAUAGACUAUCUAUCGAUACUAGAAAAAUUGUUCGAGGUCAUCAUACUAGAAGAACAUCAGCAUUUGUACGUGCUUGUGCUGCCUUUUGUUUCAUUACAAUUCCUUCUUUAACUAUAGUUUAUACAAAACUUCAAUUAUAUUUAUUAUCAGGUCAAGUAGCUCUUCUUAAUCAAUGUUAUGGUCAAGCUGAUGCAUGCUUCAAAGCAGCUUUAAGUUUAGUACCAGAAAUGCCUAAAUCUUUAGAUAUUGAUGGACAAAACAAGAGUUCAGAGCCAUAUUUACUUUCUUAUCUUUCAAAUUUUCUUUCUACUUUAUUGGUGGUUCCGGAUAGUCCUGAACAUGGAGUAUUGUAUUUGAUGAGAGGCCUUCUUAAUGCAGUUCAACGAUGUUUUGAUCAUAAUAAUAAGAUAAAGUCGCAUUUGUAUCUAAGGGUACUUGAUCUUUUGUCUACAAUAACUCAAGAAACUUAUCUUUAUCAUGUUGAUAAGGUAGAUUCUAAUGAUAAACUAUAUGGUUCAGAUCAUAAAUUUGUUAAUGAAGUUAAUAAAAUGUGUUCAAAAGUUUUUGAAGAACUACUAAGUUAUUUGAAACAUUUAGGAUCGUCUAAUCAAUUAGAUAAACAAUCAAUCCUUGCUUUUGAAUUGUUUGUUUGUAUGAUUAUAAGAGCAGAUUUAACAAAGCCAUCGUUGUUACAUAUGGCUGUUAAUUUGUGGAAUUUAUCUCAAAAACGUAAUACUGUUGAUUCUAAAUUUAAAUUAAAAAUAUUAGAAUAUAUAAUGAAAAAGAGCCAAUUGCAGCAGUUUCAACAUUUUACUGACAUGUUAAAAGAAAUGCUGAAAUAAGACACAACAUUUAAAUCAGAAUAUAAACUAAAUUUAUAAAAAGUAAAGAUUGAUGUUAAUAUCCAGUAUUAUAUUUAAGUUCUUU